UUGAAAAACGGCAUUCGUUUACAGUGGCCGUUUACGGCAGUCAUAUACGACGUUUUACGGCGUAUUACGUUAAUCGUAAACAAUGACCGUAAACUUUCGCCUUUUACGACUACCGUGAAAAUACGGCGACUGUAGACGACGGUCAUAUACGAAUUUUUACGAGGUAUUACGUUAAUGGUAAACAGUGAAUGUAAACGUUCGACUUUUACAACCACCGUGAAAAUACAGUGACUGUUAACGACAUUCAGAAUGUGCGAUAACACGGGGAAACAAACUGAUUUCAAUAGGCAAAAUCAAUCGAAAUCGCAUGAAAUCGGACGAAAUCAUCGAAAUCAGUAGAAAUCAUGGAAAUCAUCAGAAAACAAAAGGGAUUAUUUGAAAUAGCUAAAAAUCAUUCGAAAUCAUUUUAAACGAUCUGAAAGGUUUCAAGUAAAUUAGCCUUAUUUCACAUGAUUUCUUCAACUUUCUGUCGAUUCCCACAAAAUCCGGAUGAUUUUUGAUCAUUUCUAAUUAUUUCUAUUGAUUUCUCAUGAUUUCUAGUGAUCUUGAUAACUUUUUGGCGCCAUUGAAAAUCUUGAGGGUGUGGGUGUGGGUGUGGGUGUGGGUGGAUCUGGGUAUAACUGUUAUUUUCCGUUAAUCCCCAUUCGGACUCCCACAUCCACAACCACGCCCUCAAGAUUUAUUUUCGUUUUUAGUUAUUCAAUUCAGGGUUAGAUUUCAAAUCCGAAAUCUGAAAUCAGAUUUAUCUUCGAUUUCUUUUCGUCGAAUCUUCGUUUCGCGUCUUUCCCGAUUCAAGUUGAGUAGCAUGUCCACAAUUCAGUUUGUAUUGCGGUUUUCCUCAAAUCCCUGCUCAUCUUCCAGCCAAUUUCCAGUUUCCUAGAAAUCACUCAAGCUUUAAGUCGAAAGGUAAUGUUUUUUUUUUUUUAUAAAUGUAAUGAUUCUAAAAACCAAGUGGAAUCUUUUGGAAAUCGGCUGGAAAUCUUAAUUAAAUCUUUUGGAAAUCUGAAUGAAAUCCAUUUCAAAUCCAAAUGAAAUCUCGUUGAAAUCUAAACGAAAUCCUUUUGAAAUCCAAAUUAAAUCUUUUGGAAAUCUAAGCGAAAUCUUUUUGAAAUCUAAAUGAAAUCCUUCUGUAAUCUCAACGAAAUCUUAUUGAAACCCAAAUGAAAUCUGUUUUAAAUCCAAAUAAAAUCUUUUGGAAAUCUUAAUGACAUCCAUUUCAAAUCCCAUUUAAAUCUUUUUGAAAUUUAAAUGAAAUCCAUUUCAAAUCUAAAUGAAAUCUUAUUGAAAUCUAAAUGAAAUCUUUUUGAAAUCCAAAAUAGAAUCGUUUUGAAGUCCGAAUGAAAUCUGUUUGAUUUGCAGGUGAAAUCAUCGAGAAUAACGAAUGGAAAACGGCCGUUUACUUUGAUGUUCGGUAGUCGUGGUGGUCGUAAACGGCUGUAUAUGUUAAGAUACGGCGAUUCUCGUUGUCGUAAACUGUCGUUUCGUUCGAAAUACGACCGUGUCACGGCACUGUUUUUAACGUUUACGAGUAUUUAUCUUCAUAUUUCCUUGCUUGUUGGCAAACUCGGCAACGUUCAAGGCUACAGAAAGGAAAAAUAUGUUCGACCCGAGAACUUGAUUCGUCGGGUGUUAUCUCAAUCCAGUUGUUCAAGUCCAAGCGAUUGUCAAUCAAAAUGGGGCUACUGUGGAACAGGAUCGGAUUACUGUGGGGAUGGCUGUCAAGGAGGUCCAUGCUUGGGAAAUAAUAACCCUAGUGGAGGUAGAGGUGGUGGUUCGGUUGGUGUUAUAGACAGCAAUGCAUUUGCCUGUGUUUUCAACACAAUCGAUUCUUCAGCGCGUACUAAACAAUUUGGUGCACUUAUAGCAUCAGGCUGGACACCUAAUAACAAAGAUGAAGCUGCUGUUUUUCUUGCUCAUGUAUAUCAUGAGACAGAUGGACUCAAGACAAUGCGAGAAUAUUGCGCUCCAGGGUGUGGACCUCAAUACUCAAGCUCAUGGUGUAGUAUCAAUGCAGCACCAGGCAAAUAUUACUAUGGUCGAGGUUGGUUCCAACUAUCAUAUUCAUGUAACUAUUAUAAUGCUGGUCAAUCUCUUGGUGUUGAUCUUUUGAACAAUCCAGACUUGGUUGCAACUAAUCUUAUGAUAGCCGUAAAAACAGCCGUCUGGUUUUUCAAAACGAACAAUAUGGAAGGACCAGCCCGACGAGGAGAUUUUGCUGCUACAACGCGCAUUCUCAAUCCUAUUGAGUGUAACGGUGGUUCAGGUUACCAAAAUCAAUUGACCCGCGUAGCAACGUACAGACGUGUCCGUCAAUGCUUCAACCUUGGAUCGCCGACAAUAAAUCCUAUCUGUUAG